GUGUAAAGUUACAGUCAUAUAUUUCCGCUCCCAUAUUUUAUACUUGUCCAUAUAAAAAUAUUUAAAAGUAAAAGUAAAUAGCAAAUAACUGUUACUUCUGGAAGUAGGACUGAAUACAAAAAAAAAAAAAAAAAAAAACGAUCUGAAUACAAUUGAUGAAUUAAAUCGAAAAAAUAUGUGGAUGAUUCUGAAACAACGCAACAUAUUUCUUAAUCUCAUAUUAAAAUGUUGUCAAUGGAAACGCCGCAACACCAGGGCAUCUAUGCUCCAUUGAACCAAGCGAUGUCCGACUCAGAAUCUGAGGAAGAAAUACAUAAUUCAACAAAACAUCGCCAAAUCCAUAGACAGCACGAAUUGUUUCUACAACAGCAGCCACAACUAAAUUUGAAUGCUAAGAGCAGAGUUCCGCCGAAUACUUUAAAUUUGCAACCAAAAUCCUACCAACAAAACCGUCGCAAAUUGUUAAUCGAACGACAACGUCAGCUGGACCGGAAUUUAUAUCAAAACUCUCAGCUACGAAAUAUUGAUUCUAAACACAUAGCAAACGGACAUAAGAUGGACAACACACACAGUAACAGUAUACAAAACACCUACUUGAGAUCAGUUAUGAUGUCGGACGUAGGCAUGCCUUCGGAAAGCGGUGGUCCUUGUGAUUCAGGCAAUAACUUUUCCAGCUUUAGCAAUGAAUAUGACGAACGAAAUCAAACGGAUGCAGAUAAUGUGGCUAUUCUCGGAGGAAACGAUUGCACGAAGGACAUACCGCUUGAACCAAUGUCACCGGCACGACGUUGCUGUUUUAUUGCAUCUCUAUUGUUGUGUGUGUUGACAGUGAUAGUUUUUGUGUGGGUGAUUCCAUGCAGUGAAGAUGGCUCCUGUCCGGCACCAAUCGAUCGCGUUAAGACACACAACUGGCUAAAUAAUUAUACGAAGAUUGAGUUGAAGGCAGGUGUUAAUAUUGUUACUGGUGUACGAAGCUGGGAGAACAAUUUAAUAUUUUUAUAUCGUGGUGAUGCAUUCUUCCCCGAAUUCCGAUUGGACAAUUCAAAACGCAAUGGUAUUAUUUCGUUAAUUGGAAGUUCUGGAGCGGUAGCAUGGUACGAUGAGAUGGAGGACGAACCUGUGGCCAUUGAUUGUACGUUAUUGGAUGUGGACAAGAAUGGACGAACUGAUUGUCUAAUAGUAGAUGAGUAUGGCGAAUUGGGAGCCAUAAACCCUGUUUCUGGGCAGUGGCAUUGGCGCUGUAAAGAACGUUCGCCUCAAAAAGUCGAUGCUCUUGAUUUUCCUAUAAUUCUGCCGGACUUGGACCGCGACGGUGUCUUUGAUAUUUUAAUGGUAACCAGCGCAGCGACAGAUCGCCAGUCAAAUAAACAUUCGGCGCGAAAAGGUGAUGCGACAAAUAGAAGCGAAGUUAGUCAACGGAAUUUCUUAAGAAUUCUUUCGGGCCGCAACGGACAACCGAUUGGCGAAGGAUUUAAGGUUAUUGAGUGUGACAUUGUGCGCAAGCUGCAACUAGAAAAUGGCCAAACAGUAUCGUUUAACUGCAUUCACAACAAGACAGAGGCUCAACGGUCUAAAACACUGGCAGAAUUGUUUUCGCUCAUAACAAACAAAUCCCUUAUAGGACAGAAACUGGUGCCUGCCUCGAAAAUAUCCCAACAUCGCCAUUACGGCCAACGAAAAGACAUUGAUUCUCAGCGCAACAUUUACUCCCUGAAUGGACGCGAACUUAUUGUUGAGAAUCGAGGGAAAUGUCCCGAAGACUGUAACGUUACGUUCAUACUGAGCGAGAACCGCAACGGAAAGGCGUAUACAGUGCGAAAUUUCACCAGCAGUGGAAUGUAUGGUAUGGUCCCGGCCCAAUGGCACUUCAAGAACACAAAGCCAAAUAUGUCGGGAUUUGUAAUGAAAUUUUGGAAAUGGAAAACUGAAUCUUCAUCAAGUGGACAAACUUCGGCCAGCAGUAGCAAUCCGCGUGGCAAUGAAACGGCCCAAAAGACUCAAACGGCCAAAAUGAAAUCAAAGGCAACGAAGAGUCCAACCAAGGACAACACGUCUAAGACAUACAAGCAAAAUCACGUGCAAAGCGAAGAAGACAACCAAAGGCAUAGCGGCCAUCAACGCGAAUUGAAACACGACGAGGAGGAGUACGAUGCUUUUGAACAUGUUAUUCACAAACGUAGUUCGUUUGACGUUGACUUCAUUGCCCCUCGUAGUAAACGCAGCACUUCAACCUCGAACACGACGAAUAAGAAAACAUCGGGCCCAAACCUACUUAUGAAUGACUACAAGAUGCAGCUGAUUACCGAGUCUGUUAUACUGGUACUUUUUAUUGGCACUGAAACUCGUAUCGAGAAUACUUCGCAAAGCAAUAUUGUACAGUUCUGUCGCAACGAUCGCAAGGCAGUUGUAUGUCAACCGGAUCUGAACAAUCAAGAGAACUCAAUGCUUAUUGCAGACUUGGACCAGGAUGGUUCACAAGAGCUGGUAUCAUACAUGUCAACGUUUGUCCAGACGAGUGAAGGUUCGCAAGACUGGCGUCUGGUGACAUAUGUUCGUUUGUUGCGGCUACAAUCAGAGUUACCAGCAUUUUAUGGUGAUGUGAAAAGUAAUUGAGGCAACAGAAACACCUCACCAAAGCCCGCUAAUACAUAUACUCACAUACAUUAAUACGUUUUUGACCUAUCCAGUAAAAUAUUACAGCAUUUGUACAUACACUAAAAAUUGUAUGGAAUAAAUAAAGUUCACAUUAAAUUCAAAA